AUGGAGACUCUGCAAUCCAGCGUGGGACAAGAACAGCUGAAACAGAAAGCAAUGCAAUCUUGUGUGAUGAUGAAAUGGGGACAGACGAAAUCGUGGAAAGACAGUUUUGGGGUGUGGAUUCUGAUUGAGAUAAAAAAGGACAUGCUAGGAGAAAUGCCUGGAAAUUAUUUGAGAAACCUGGACUCGGCCUUACCAGAACCCGUCCAGAAAGAAUUCAUCUGCCCUGUCUGCCUGAAUACCUUUACAGACCCAGUGACUAUAUGCUGUGGGCACAGCUUCUGUAGAUCCUUUCUCUACCUUUUCUGGGAGGCAGCUGAAAUCCCUUACCAAUGUCCUGUAUGCUGUGAACCAUCCCAGCAGAGAGAGUACAAAACCAACAUUGUUCUUAAGAAUCUAGUGUACAUUGCCAGGAAAGCCAAUCUGAGGGAAUUCUUGCUCUCUGAGGAACAGAUGUGUGGGACCCACAAAGAGACAAAGAUGAUCUUCUGUAGAGAGGAAGAGAGCCUGCUCUGUUGGCUCUGUUCUGACUCCCCAGAGCACAAGGCUCACAGACACUAUUCUAUUGAAGAGGCUAUUGAAGAACAGCGGGAAAAGCUCUCUGACGAGAUGAGAUCUUUAUGGGAAAAGAUCCAAGGAAUCCAGGAGAGUCUCAAUAAAUAUGGCAGAAUGACUGUGCCUUCGAUGGUUGGAGAAGAUGGGAAUCAAGGUCAUCUGACCAAUUGUAUGAGCUCCCUACGAGAAAUGUACAUGGAGCUGGUGGCUAUGUGCCAAAAGCCAGAUGGGGAGCUCCUCCAGGAAUUAGGAGACACUUUGGCAAGGAUGAAGAGAAAUCAGCCAAACCUACCUCCAUGUGGGCAGCCACAACUCAGGGCACGACCCAUAAUGGGGCUGGCGGACAGGCUCAACAGCUUCCUAGUCAAUGUGACAUUCAGCAGGGUAAUAACCAAUCACGAUACGAGGCUAUUUGAAGACGCGAGAAGUUUGAGGUAUGACCGUGACCAUCUGUAUGCAUCCUUGAUUCCUGGAACAUCUGACUACUUUGCAUCAUGGGGAGAACCCUGCUUUAGCAGCGGCAAACAUUACUGGGAAUUAGAGGUGAACGACUCUUGGGACUGGGCUGUGGGUCCCUCCAGGCCCCCAGGGUCCCUGCGCGUUCGCUACUCCUGGACAUCUUGCAAGGCUAAAGGAGCACAAGGUUUUUCCUCGGAGGCUCUUGAGAUCCCGAUCCUGGGGGAUGGGAGCUCUCUGGUGCCACAAGUUCCUGAGAGCGGGCGUCUGGACGCGUUGCCACUAGGGGGCAGCUCGGUUCUCUGUCCCCUGGCCUCAACCACCUGUAACCCCGCGCUGCGCGGGAGCCUCUGUGAAAUAGGGACUUCUGGGGCUGGCUCCAAGGACGCCAAAACGUCCCUGUGA